GGCUUCUUUACUUUUCAUUCUUUCAACGGAUCGCAUAAAAAGAAAAAGUGUAAAAUAAAACCGCAACUUGCAGAGAAAGUAGAAUCCCCCAAUCUGCCUUUUUAGUCGAUUUUUCAAGUUUUUGAUUUCGAGAGAGGAGAUGUUGGAGAAGAUUGGAUUGCCAGCAAAGCCAUCCAUGAGAGGAAGUAAUUGGGUGGUUGACGCCUCACAUUGCCAAGGCUGUUCCUCUCAGUUCACCUUCAUCUAUCGCAAGCAUCACUGCCGAAGAUGCGGUGGUUUGUUUUGCAACAGUUGCACUCAGCAACGAAUGGUUUUACGUGGUCAAGGUGAUUCACCUGUUCGUAUUUGUGAACCUUGUAAAAAGCUAGAAGAGGCUGCACGUUUUGAGUUGCGUUAUGGCCACAAGAACAAAGCUGGAAGAGGAAGUUCAAAAUUGACAUCAAAGUCAGAGGAUGAGAUUUUGAACCAGAUACUAGGCAGUGAUGGGAAGGAAUCUUCAUCACCGCAAAGUUCCAACACUGAUAUGGUUUCUACUAUUCAAAGGGCAAGUAGCAGCGGUUCGUGCUCAACACCUCUAGAAGCUUUUGUAAUGGAUGGUGGAGGUGAAAUACAUAGAAGUCACUCUGUUAACGAGCCUAAUCACAUACAGAAUGAGAUAGAAACAACCAGUCCAGAGAAAUUACGUCAGCAAGCUCUAGAUGAAAAAAAGAGGUAUAAAGUUCUGAAAGGAGAAGGGAAGCCUGAUGAAGCUUUAAAAGCAUUUAAAAGAGGUAAAGAGCUUGAGAGGCAGGCUGAUGCUUUGGAGAUGGCUAUUAGAAAAAACCGUAGGAGGGCUUUACAUUCUGGCAACAUGGGUGAGAUUCUGAAUAAAGAUGAGCCUAAAGAGUCAGGGACAAAAAGUAAACUCCUUGCUAAAGCAAGUAAAGAGAAGGAUGACCUUACUGCUGAACUAAGAGAAUUGGGCUGGACUGAUGCAGAUCCACGUGAUGAAGAUAAGAAAUCAGUGAAUAUGAGUUUGGAGGGUGAACUGUCUUCUCUUCUUGGAGACAGCUCUCAAACGUCUGGUAAAGCUGCAAGGACCAGUGGAAUUGACAAGACUGAGGUUGUUGCACAUAAAAGAAAGGCUCUUGCAUUGAAGCGUGAAGGAAAGCUUGCAGAAGCCAAGGAAGAAUUAAAGAAAGCUAAAGUCUUGGAGAAGCAGCUUGAAGAACAAGAACUUUUGGGUGCGUCUGAAGAGUCUGAUGAUGAGAUAUCUGCACUGAUCCAUAGUAUGGAUGAUAAUAAGCAAGAUGAAUUGUUAGUAGGUUAUGAACAGGAGCAAGGUUUUGAUUUUGAUCACCUUAUGGGCACAGCUGAUGAUCUUGCUGAUGAUAAAAAUUUGGCAGUGACAGAUGAGGAUCUGGUGGAUCCAGAAAUGGCGGCUACAUUAAAAUCAUUAGGUUGGGCUGAUGAUUCUGAAAAUGAGCGGAACUCUAUGGCCGAGAGUGUCCCCAUUAACAGGGAAGCCCUACUGACGGAAAUUCAUUCAUUGAAAACAGAGGCACUUAACCAAAAACGGGCAGGUAAUGUUGCUGAGGCAAUGGCACAGCUAAAGAAGGCAAAGUUGCUUGAAAGGGACCUGGAAAGUCUGGAGGGUGACGCAGACAUUUUAGACAGACACAAUCCCACAAUUAUUCAGAAAGAUUCAAGUCCACAAAAUAUCAAUGUGAAGAAAUUAGAUUCUAAACCGGCACCAAAGAAUAGGUUGUUGAUUCAGAAGGAACUUCUGGCUUUGAAAAAGAAGGCUCUUUCUUUGAGAAGGGAAGGGAAAUUGGAUGAGGCAGAGGCAGAAUUGAAGAAAGGUAGAGUUCUUGAACAGCAGCUUCAAGAGUUGGACAAUACUUCAAAGGCUACGCUGGUGACAAUUGGUGGUAAGGACCUAGACCCAGAUACAGCAUUUGAACAUCCUGAUAUUCAUGGAAAUAAGCCAGUUGGGGAAGAGAAAGAGGAUGUAACAGAUCAAGAUAUGCAUGAUCCAGCGUACCUUGCUCUUCUAAAGAACUUGGGUUGGAAAGAUGAAGCUAAUGAGUUUGCCAGCACAUUAUUAAAACCUUCUAAGGAAAAUGAUAAUCAUCCUAUUCAAAUUUCUGACACCUCAGUUACUCAAGCCUCAUUGAAUAGCUCAUCAAGGACAUUGAAGAGAAGUAAGGGUGAAAUACAGAGGGAACUUUUAGGCUUGAAAAGAAAGGCUCUUGCUUUGAGACGUGAAGGGAAGACUGAUGAGGCAGAGGAAGUACUUAGAUCAGCGAAAGCAUUAGAGAACCAGUUGGCAGAAAUGGAAGCACCCAAGAAAGAAAUUCAAGUUGAAUCUGAAAGGCAGAAGGAUGAUAUAAAGCCUCCUCGUCAAAGUGUAGUUGAGGAUAAAGAUGCAGAUGAUGUUACCCGAGAAGAGAUGAAUGACCCUGCAUUGAUAUCCAUGCUAAAAAAUUUGGGUUGGAAGGAUGAAGAAUUUGAACCCGUAACUGCACAAGGAAAGCUGUCUAAAAAUGUUUCCGUUAGUUCUCAUCAUACUGCAGAGCCAUUUGUAAUUCCAUCAUCUUCCAGCAUUUCAUCUGCAACACCAAGUGUCAACGCAGAAAUCCAACAAGAUCACUCAGGUAAAAUGGGAAUUCAAGGCAGUACGGGAACAUAUCAAGGCCUUGGCUUCAUUCCUCCACAUCACCAAUCUGGGAAUGUAAUGGACUUCCUGACAGGUGAUGACCAGACAGGUUCACAAAAACCAGCUGGAAAACCUGAGGCCCAUGUUCAAGUUGAUUCCUUGACAAGUUCGUCUGAAAUCCUAAGAAGAAAAGAUGAUAAAGUCAGUUCUGGUUCUGAUGUUUCAUGUCAGGUUGAGAGCAAUGUUCCUGAAAGGUCCUUGACAAGCCCCCCUCAAAAUCUUGGGAGUAAAGCAAGUUUUAGAGCUGAAGUGAGGGAAGAAACAGUUAAUGCAGAUGAGAAGCCACUCAGUUACGGAGCAAAUUCUUCUCAGGGAUUGGCUUCUCAAAACAACAAAAAUUCCAUUCGGCAAGAAGUCUUGGCUCGUAAGAGGAAGGCAGUUGCCUUGAAGAGAGAAGGAAAAUUGAUGGAGGCUCGAGAAGAACUUAGACAGGCAAAGCUUUUGGAGAAGAGUUUGGAGGCAGAGUCUUCCGAGACUGAAGCUGGUAAACAAAAUGUGUCAUUAUCUACGUCCAAUGCUUCUCCUCCUGUUCAACAGAAGGAAUCUAGUACAACCAUUUUGGCUCCAAAACCUUUGUCUGCGCGAGAUCGAUUCAAGUUACAACAGGAGUCUCUUAGCCACAAACGUCAAGCACUGAAACUGAGAAGAGAAGGACGCAUGGAAGAAGCAGAAGCUGAGUUUGAAUUGGCCAAGUCUCUUGAAGCACAGUUGGAGGAGUCUGCUUCUCAAGAUUCCAGUAAGUCUUCUGUUAGUACGGCAGAAGCAGUUGAUGAUGCAGUGGUUGAAGAUCUUCUCGAUCCUCAACUUCUAUCUGCCUUGAAAGCAAUUGGUAUUGAAGAUGGUAACAUUGCAUCAGAAGGCCCUGUGAGACCAGGGCCUGCAAAACUUAGUCCUCACAAAGUUGAAAGUGUUGGUCAGGAGAGAAUUCAGUUGGAAGAGCAGAUCAAGGCAGAAAAGGUAAAGGCAUUGAAUUUGAAACGUUCAGGGAAGCAAGCUGAGGCUUUGGAAGCUCUUAGGCGGGCCAAAUUAUAUGAAAAGAAACUGACUUCCUUGGCUUCAAAUUGAAGAUGGGAAAAAAAUGAUGCUUGAUACCUUCCAAUCACGGUAUUCAAGUGGUACCUUUUAGAUGAGGUCAUUGUGGAAAAUAGGCAAGUGAUCUGAGUCAUGUGAUGUCCAAACCGGAUCUAAUGGUUCGGCUUGAGUCAGCGCCUCAGGCUAACGUUCCAGAUCUUGCUCGCUGGUUCCGGUUUCUGUGUUACCCAACUGUAUGGCGGUUUUCAGUAUGAGACGUACUAGUAAGUUUCUUUCCCAUCAGGGGCAUAAGAGUUUGUGCUGCAGAAGGUAGAAUGAAAGUCCAAUUUUCAAAUUUGCUUCAUACCAUUUGUGAAGAAUGAAGAUGAUUGUUAUUUAUCUAAAAUGAUUCAAACUGUAAUUGCUAAAUUUGAAAAUGGAAAACACAGUUGAAGUUGUUUGAGCUUCA